AGUUGGGUAAUUUGGCCUUUUCACGUUCUCAUUGCAUAAAGAUUCGAACUUGCUCCUCAAGUCGCUGAUAAACACUCCCAGACCGGAGAGAAUUGCAAUCUUAACAGAUCAAGGAAGACGAAGAUGGAGUGCGUAUUCGGACUUGUUGGGAACGGGUUCGCCGUGGUGGUGGCGGACACAUCGGCGGUGAACAGCAUUCUGGUUCACAAAUCAAACGAGGACAAGAUCAUGGUCCUCGACUCUCACAAGCUCAUUGCCGCUAGCGGCGAGUCUGGUGACAGGGUUCAAUUUACCGAGUACAUACAGAAGAAUGUGGCUUUGUACCAGUUCCGUAAUGGUAUUCCAUUAACCACUGCCGCCGCCGCUAACUUUACUCGGGGCGAGCUCGCCACCGCUUUGCGAAAGAAUCCUUACUCCGUCAACAUCCUUUUAGCUGGAUAUGAUAAGGAGACAGGCCCAUCGCUCUACUACAUCGACUACAUUGCCACACUACACAAGGUUGAGAAGGGAGCAUUUGGUUAUGGAUCCUAUUUUUCACUCUCCAUGAUGGAUAGACAUUAUCACAGUGGCAUGUCAUUAGAAGAAGCGAUUAAUUUGGUCGAUAAAUGCAUUAUGGAGAUUCGAUCUAGGCUGGUUGUGGCACCGCCAAACUUCUUGAUCAAGAUUGUGGACAAAGAUGGAGCAAGACAGUAUGAUUGGCGUGAAUCUAUCAGCCAUUCUAGUGCUGUUCCUUCAGCUUGAGGUGUUAGUGACUCGUUAUCAUCAGACCUUUUUUCUUUUUUCUGCUGUUUUAUUUAUAUGCUAUUUCGGGCAUUUAGUUUGUAUAAGCAACAGAGGAUCCAUACCAUGUCUAGAAUUAAUUUCAAUUUCAAAUACCCAAUAGUAUCAUCUGGGUUGGCCAUGUCACCAGGCAGAGUAUCUUCUCUCCUGCCCAAGCCUUUGGUCAUGCGUUGAAGGGCCUUCCUGAGCGAGGAUGUUAGAGCCAGAAAUGCUGAGUAAGGCCAGCCAUGUGUGUCCACCCUAAGCUAGUUCAGGUUCUAAUUCGUGGCUGUAUGUCUCCAAAGUUGAUUAUUGUCGAUAGAUAUAUGGUUGGAUUUUGAUUCCUCUUUCUCUCCUAUUAAAAUAAUCUAUAAACGACGAAGAAGGAUGAGAAUUUUUCAUCA